AAUCUGAAUUUGUCGUCAGUAGACAUCUGUUUUUCUGGGAUUGGGGGAAGAAGUGUAUCUAAACUUUGCUCCUUCGAUCUAGGGCGCGUCAGAGCCUUUAAGCCUCGUGUAAUUAUUUUAGAGAUAGGUUGUCAUGUUUUUUUGUGAGGCCAGGCAACACCCAGAAACUAUUGGCUCAAACAUCAUGGACUUUGUCUGCAUUUUGCGCGGGCAGUUUACUGUGAAUUUUGUGGUGGUUUGCCAAAUUCUUAAUAGAGCGACAGCCUGUUUGCAACAUCCCAACUACAAUUUGGGUGUUCAGGUCUUGAACGACUACCUUAAAGUUGUCUUGGAGCCCGUUUCAAGCCGAGUUUUGGAACUACAAGGGUCUCCAAAGACCAAGCAUCCCCAUGUUACUGCGGGAGGCCAUUCAUUUAAACGACUGGGGCAAUUAUGCCCUAUAUCGUAGUUACAGAGGGGCAAUUUUGUUUGCAUUAAAGAAACUGUUUUCCCUAGCUCAGAGGAGCUGA